AUGGUCGGACUGACGGGCGGAUCGCAUCUCUAUGCGGCCGGUAUACCAGCGGCCGCACAGGAAAUUGUCCGCGACAUGGCGGCCAUGCCAACGGCGGCUCCGACCAGUGCGGACGCGUGCCUCAGUAUCGUCCAUUCACUAAUGUGCCACCGACAGGGAGGUGAGAGCGAAGGUUUUUCCAAGCGUGCCAUCGAGUCGUUGGUCAAGAAAUUGAAGGAAAAACGGGACGAAUUGGAUUCGCUGAUUACGGCCAUCACCACGAACGGGGCACAUCCGAGCAAAUGUGUCACGAUACAACGUACGCUUGAUGGGCGAUUGCAGGUCGCUGGACGUAAAGGAUUUCCACAUGUGAUCUAUGCGCGCAUCUGGCGUUGGCCCGAUCUGCACAAAAAUGAACUAAAGCAUGUAAAAUUUUGUCAGUUUGCGUUCGAUCUUAAAUGUGAUUCGGUCUGCGUUAAUCCUUACCAUUACGAACGCGUUGUUUCACCCGGAAUUGAUCUGUCGGGUCUCACGCUACAGUCUGGCCCCAGUCGCUUAAUAAAGGAUGAAUAUACACCGGGUUCGGUCGUUGGGGGAGGAAUGGAUAUAGAUGGCAAUGAAAUCGGCACCAUACAGCAUCAUCCCUCAAUGGUUGCCGGUGGUGCGUAUAGCACCAUGUCAAUGCACCCACAAGUGUCCGACCCGUCUCAAAUGAGCGGUAUGUAUGGAUCUAGUAGCGGCCCACGGCCGAUCCCGAAACUGGAAUCCGUCGAACAAUCUCGAAAUAGUGGCCCGAGCAGUUGGAUGAGCGGUGCUGGUAGCGUCAGUGGUCCAUCGUCUGCCACGGCGGCCAUGUUAUCAGCGGCCUCCUCAUCCGGAAGCCAGCAGCACACUCGCUUAUCUUCAUCCUUACCCCUUUCAUCCGUUAUCGGUGGUCCUGCCGGGUUGACGAACAAUGGUUUACGAGCACCGCAAAGCUCACAGCAACAACCACCACCAACCCAACAACAACAGCAGCCUUCAUCACAAUCCAGCUCACAAUUAACAAACGGCGGUAACAGCGGUUUGCUGGGAAGCUCUACCCAGUCAAGCUCCAGUGCUGGUGGCAGCAGUGCAGGGUUGAUCGGUGGUGAAGCCUCUCAAUAUUAUACGAACGCUACCAGCGCCGACCCGUCGAUGGGAAACGAUCCGCAAAGUGGAAUGGGACCAUCCAAUAUGUCCGGUUCCCUUUCUGCAACCUCGCCCGUCUCCCCUCAUCUGCAGCAAAAUGGUUACGUGUCGGCCAGCAAUGGCCAGACGGCACAGGCUGGUCCUUCCGGCGCUCAGCCGUCACAAAAUCAAACGGGGGCGCAACAAUACCAACAACAACAGCAGCAACAGCAACAAUCGCAACAGCAGCAAGGUGGUUCGGCAACCUGGUCCGGUUCGAAUACUCUAAAUUACACACAAUCGAUACAACCCCCGGCACAUGCAGGGAGUUCGCAUCAGCAACAAGCAUCACAGCAACAGUCUCAGUACUGGCCGCAUAAUUCUAGUGGUUCUACCGGAGCGGUUACUGCCACUGGUUCAGGUGUAGGUACGGCUUCCGGUGGACAGCUGGCUGAAUUGCCCGGUCAGCAACGUUUAUUGUCGCGGCAACCUGCACCGGAGUACUGGUGUUCGGUGGCUUAUUUCGAGCUGGACACGCAGGUCGGUGAAAUGUUCAAGGUACCUUCAAACCGGCCAAACGUCACAAUCGAUGGAUACGUUGACCCUUCCGGUGGUAAUCGGUUCUGUCUCGGAGCGCUUAGCAACGUGCAUCGAACGGAGCAGAGCGAAAAGGCUAGACUACAUAUUGGCAAAGGUGUACAACUGGAUUUACGUGGUGAAGGAGACGUCUGGUUGCGAUGUCUCAGUGAUCAUUCAGUAUUUGUACAGAGCUACUACCUCGAUCGGGAAGCAGGUCGGACGCCGGGCGAUGCUGUACACAAAAUUUAUCCCGCAGCAUGUAUAAAGGUAUUCGAUCUGCGACAGUGUCAUUUGCAGAUGCAAUCCCUCGCCAACUGUGCCCAGAAAGCGGCUCAGAUGCAAGCCGCUGUUGUAGCGGGUGUGUCUGCCGUAGGAGCUCCUAGAAGCCUCUCCGCUGUUGCUGGAAUUGGUGUAGAUGAUUUACGACGACUCUGCAUCCUGCGACUGUCAUUUGUGAAAGGUUGGGGUCCCGACUACCCAAGACAAUCGAUCAAGGAAACACCAUGCUGGGUGGAGGUGCAUCUCCACCGAGCGCUGCAACUGCUGGACGAAGUGCUCCACCAGAUGCCGAUUGAUGGACCCCGUGCCAUUGAGUAA